UCCGUCACUGGCUAUUUAAGAGCAGAGGGGAGAGGAGACACCAGCAAAACAGCAGCAGAGGCGCUCAGAGACACAGGGAAGCCGGGAUCCUCCACAACUCUUUCAGACUUCUGUGAUGCUGCCUGCGACUUUCAAGCUGUGUGCCGGCAUUUCCUACAGACACCUGCACAGCACAAUGGGCUUGAAGAGACAAGCAGCUGCUGCGAUUGUCCAGGAGCUGAAUAAAUUUGCAGUUACCAGGCCUGGUCCCAGCAAGUGGAUCAAUAAUGUGCGCAGAAGGAGCUCUUUGCUAAGUUCUAGACUGGAAGAGAAUCUCUUCAAUGAAACGGAGAUGUCCUACAUCAAGCAAGGAGAUGAGGCGCUUCAGAAAUCACUUAAAAUUCUUGGAGAGCAGGAGGGCUGGAAAACAGAGACAGUGAUGGCCAAUGGUGACAAAGUCCUGAGCAAAGUACUCCCAGAUGUGGGGAAAGUAUUCCGACUAGAGGUGGUGGUUGAUAAACCCCUGGACUGUGUCUAUAGCGAGUUAGUGGAAAGGAUGGAGCAGAUGGGAGACUGGAACCCGAAUGUCAAAGAAGUCAAGAUCUUGCAGAAGAUCGGCAACGACACGGUGAUCACUCACGAAACUGCAGCUCCAACCCCUGGCAACAUAGUUGGGCCACGAGACUUUGUGAGUGUCCGUUGUUCCAAGAGGAGAGGCUCAACCUGUGUCCUGGCUGGCAUGUCCACCACCUAUGCAGCGAUGCCUGAACAGAAAGGGGUUAUUAGAGCUGAGAAUGGCCCCACAUGUAUGGUUCUUCGGCCUCUCCUUGGUGACCCCUCCCAGACCAAGUUAACCUGGCUUCUCAGCAUCGACCUCAAGGGAUGGCUGCCCAAGUCCCUCAUCAACCAAGUCCUCUCUCAAACCCAGGUGGAUUUCGCUAAGCAUCUGCGCAACCAUUUGAGCAGCAAUUCUGCCUCCAUGCAGCAGGCCGUGCGCUGUUGAAGUGGCCGCACACACGCAACACACUCCUUGUGGCUGAUGAAUCCCUUUCCCGGCUCAUGGACCACUCGCUCAAGGCUCUUUCCCUGGCAGCUGAGGCUCCUGCUCCAGAAAAUGGGUACAGGGACAUCCAUCUUUCCUGCCAAUAGAACAAGCUUCCUGCCUGCUCCUCUGAGGCAGCUUUUUUUAUCCUCUCCCCAAAGCAAGAGUGGGAAAUCUUCUUGGUGGUUGUUGUUCUCAGGGGUGGUCUGUUGUGGGUCACAUUUCAGCAGUGGUCAUUGCCAUAGCCAAAAGGCAGAGUAGGCCACACCUUUGUCUCCCUCCUUCAUUUCACCCCCCCUCUCUUUUCUCGCAUCCACACCAUACAUUGAAGCACUUACGCCGUUUUCGUUGUCAUGGCUUCCCCCAAAGAAUCCUGGGAACUGUGCUUGAUUAAGGGUGCUGAUCUCACAGAACUAGAAUUCCCAUCACCCUUGGAACAACUACAGCUCCCAGGAUUCUCCCUGAGUAUAAAAGUGGUAUAAGAGAGUAUAUGGCGUAGCUGUGAUCUCUCUCUUAAGCUUGCAGGGGGAGGGACAAAUGACUCUUCUCAGAGGUUCAAAAUGAUUGCUUUCAGAAAUCUUUUGAAAUUAGGCAGAUGGGCUGAAGGUGGCACCCCCCCCACCCCCAGUUCAAAGGAUUGAACAGCAGAAAAAUUCAUCCUAGCUGCUUGCUUCACUGAUCCUUUGAUGACAAAGUACAGGACUAGAUUUUGCAGCCCCGGGUUUGUUAGAGGUUUCCUUUUGAAUGGUGUAUCUGAAAUACCCGAAAACAGAGCCAAGUUAAUUGAGCUCACAGAACAACUUAAGCUAUGAUCUUACUUUUUAAAAACCAGUAGAAUUUAGUGCCAUUUAUAUUUUAAUUUAGUGCAUUUAUUGUCCCACCCUUUUGUUCCAGGAACAUGGGGUAUGCAUGUUCCCCCCUUUCCCCCCUCCUAAUAAAUGGUGGGUUAGGCUUGAGUAAGGACUCCUCCAUUGCUGCCUUUAUUGAUUUGCUUGCACAAAGUUUACCAAGGAUUCCUCUAGACUUGUUUAUGGAGUGGUGAGAGUCAGCAUUCAUCCUCAUUUAAUCCACUUCAUUGGAACAAGCCUAAACUUCCAGGUGUGCACUUGAAUCCCUCCUACAAAAUAGUAACAGCCUGGAGAAACCCCAAGAGGUAGCAGUUGGCCCGAGGUCCACCAGAGUGUCUCAGAACUGCAUGAGAUUUGAAGCAGGGUGUCUGCAGCCUAAUCUGGCAGUGCUCUGCCCACUGCACUGCACUGCUUCUCCAUGCCUGAUUUAGAAUCAGUCUGCUUGGGCCAGCUUGUGAAUCUGUGUUAUGCAACACCUCCUAUUUUACACUCAGCUGGCCUCUGCUGAACUGACUGGUUGAGGGAACCUCAGCUGGGUGGCACAGCUGCUGCCUUGCAUGCAGAAGGCCUCCUGCACUGUCCCUGGACCUGCCAACUAAACGAGAAAGGCUCAGGGAGCAGGUGACAUGGAAGACCUCUGCCCAAGAUCUCAGAGAAGCGCUGCCAGCGGGAGGAAGGAAGGCUAGGCUAGUUGGACAAGUGAUCCGGCUUACUGUGCAAUGGAAGGGCGUAAGGAAAGCCCUCCUGGAGCAGGCCAAAGACCCAUCUAGGUGUAGGAUCCUGCUGGCAUGGCGGCGAGGCAGAUGCCCCUGGGAAGCCCGCAAGCAGGAGCUCAGCACAAAAGCACUCUCCAUACUUGCAGUUCCCAGAAGCUGGCAUUCAGAGGCAAGCUCCCGCCAACAGUGGAGUCGGAACUCCAUCUUAGCUGCCUAUGUUCCGAACUCUUAAGUAUUGUGCCCAUAGUGACAGCCUAUCGGAAAGCCUUUGUACAUGGGAUCAGAAAAGAGCCAGUGCCUGUUCCAGGUUUCCAGGGGAACCUGGUGCAAGAUGUUCUCCCCGUCUCUGCAUGUGUCCCCCCCCCGGAAGGCCCUUCUGCACCAGAACAAGGCCUACAGAGGUUGCUGCUUUCUCACAGGGGAAAAGGCAGCACCAGCAACCAUGAACAGCAGGGCAAAGUAUCUCCAAGGAUGGGUCAUGGGCAUGAGCCAAACAAUGCUGGCUGUAACCUAUGUCCAACACGCAAGUACAGUGGUACCGUGGGUUACAGCAGCUUCAGGUUACAGACUCCGCUAACCCAGAAAGUACCUCAGGUUAAGAACUUUGCU